ACGAUGUUCACGUCUAUUCAUCUGAUUACCCGCAUGGCGGCCAUGUUUUAGGGUGCGUUUAUCAAUUACCGUGUCUCGCGAGUCGAGUUCAAUAUUUUCCGAUAAUUUAUUCAAAUUUGCAUUUGUGUAAAGCGGGUGUCGCGACGCUGUAGAAAUUAUCGCGCGCCUCUAAACAGAAUUUCGCUGUACACAAUUAAUAUCGUGCGCGCGCGCGCCACCAUUGUACAGUCGAUAAUACGCCGCGAUGGACGUGCGCCUAGUGUAUCCGCAGCCAACUUCAGAGGCGUGUCAUGUUUGCGCUCGGCGCGUUGCUUCGUGAUCGGGAUUGUCACGUUUUGUUGUCGAGAAUCUAUGAAAAAUGUUGUCGCUAGGCCCGAAAAAGGACGGCGGACCCAACGCCAAGUUCUUCGAGGCGCCGGAGGUUCUCACCCAGCUUGACGGCGUUAAGCAGUGGCUGCUCAAGAACUGCAAGAAGUAUGUACAAACGGAUCCACCUACUAACAAGAGCUUAGCCACAUUGCUGGUACAGCUUCUACAGUUCCAGGAGGACAAUCUUGGGAAAAAUGUGUCAAAGCCACCUAUGACUAGGCUUCCAAUGAAAUGCUUCCUGGAUUUUAAACCUGGUGGCGGUGUAUGUCAGAUAUUAGCUACUGCUUAUCGUUUUAAGCAGGAGCAAGGAUGGCGACGCUUUGAUUUUCCUGGUGGAAAAUCGGGAUCUCGUAUGGAUCGUACGAUGGACAUGCUUGUGGCGGCGGAACGUGCUUUAAUACAGAAUAGAUGUAUGACUGUACCAAGUAUUUUCGUGAGAGCGGACGUUGACAAGAACACAGCUACAAAAGUAAAAGAUGUAGUUAGAAAGCAUCAGGGGACUGUCGUGGAGAACGAGGCAGAUGCUACACACAUCAUCUAUCCACAAGUGGAUCCAUUGGAAGAGGAAUACGCGCGACCCUGCAUGAGACGCGAACGAUCGGUUCUAAUCCAUUGGUACUACUUUCCAGACAGUUAUGAUUCAUGGCUGGCAGUGGAUCUUCCGUGGGAAUAUCCCGAAGGGACUUACACAAACACAAAUUCAAGAUCAAUGUAUAAAGUAUCGGCUACAUGGGCGUUAGACUUGGAUCAAUAUAAUGAGUGGAUGAACGAAGAAGAUUACGAGGUAGACGAUAACGGGCAGAAAAGAGUACAUAAAUACAGGCUCUCGGUGGAAGAUUUAAUGGCGCAGCCAUCUCAUCCGCCACCCGCAAAGAAACCUAAGAGGAAACGAUCGCCCAGCCCGCCUCCGAAGCUCGGUAAACGUAAGAGUAGCAGAGCACCGUCGGGUAUUCAAAGCGCUUCUUCCGCGUCAUCGGCAACGGCACCGAAGAAAUCACGUGGUGGCGAGGAAGAAGAAGAUUUAACUCAGGGAAUGGACGAUCCUCCUGCAGAACCCCGUAUCGUCGAGGUGGUCGCUACGCCGACGAAUCCACCGAUUGCGGGUCAAGGUAAUGCAACAACGGGUAACUCCACGUUGACGUCUACCGGUAGCAAGAAACAAGACAGCGAGCUUCAACCUCUCAAAUCUGGCAACUUGACCGAUCUUGAUGAACAAAUGGAAGAUAAAGGAAGCUCCCAAGGAGGCCAAGAUAGAGAGGAGAGAGAUACUAGUAAAGAAAGGGGUGAAAGCGGCAAAGGCGACGAACCGGAAGAUAAUGUGACGGAACAAACGCAUCACAUCGUUGUUCCCAGCUACUCCGCCUGGUUUGAUUACAAUUCAAUUCACACCAUAGAGAAGCGAGCUCUAUCGGAAUUCUUUAAUGGCAAAAAUAAGUCCAAGACUCCGGAAAUUUAUCUUGCGUAUCGGAAUUUUAUGAUCGACACUUAUCGAUUAAAUCCAACGGAAUACAUUACUUCGACUGCCUGCAGGCGGAAUUUAGCCGGAGAUGUAUGCGCGAUUAUGCGCGUGCACGCAUUUUUAGAACAAUGGGGACUCAUUAACUAUCAAGUGGACGCAGAAUCUAGACCGACGCCAAUGGGACCUCCACCAACAUCGCAUUUCCACGUUUUGUCGGACACCCCGUCUGGUUUGGCACCAGUCAAUCCAAAUCCGCCGAAAACACCGCAACCAUCCGCCGCCAAGAUGUUGCUCGAUUUGGAGAAGAAACCGGCGAGUGUAACAGGCGGCCUAGGCACAGAGGAGAAAGUUUCGGCGGGCGCGAUGGCAAACUUUGGUUUGAAAAUCGACCAAUAUUCGAGGAAGCCGGCAGUGCUAAAGAACAAACAAGCAGCGGGUGCCACGCGCGAUUGGACAGAACAGGAGACGCUUUUACUAUUGGAAGGAUUGGAAUUACACAAGGACGAUUGGAAUAAAGUAUGCGAACACGUAGGUUCGAGAACGCAGGACGAGUGUAUCUUGCACUUUUUACGUUUACCUAUAGAAGAUCCGUACUUGGAAGAAGGCGGACCCGAAGGAUUGGGCCCCUUAGCUUACCAACCGGUACCAUUCUCGAAAGCUGGUAAUCCUGUUAUGAGUACAGUCGCCUUUCUUGCGUCGGUCGUGGAUCCUAGAGUAGCCGCGAGUGCGGCAAAGGCGGCUAUGGAAGAAUUUGCCGCGAUAAAAGAUCAAGUGCCAGCUGCUUUAAUGGAUCAGCAUUUAAAAAAUGUUCAAGCUAGCGCCAAUUUAGAUGGUAAAUUCGAUCCAGCGGCAGGAUUAGCACAAUCGGGUAUUGCUGGCACAGGACCACCUGAACCGCCUGACGAUACAGCGACUUCCACUGCAACUCCGUCCGUAUCGGCAGGUGCAGCUAGUUCUCCUCAUUCCACAGCGCCGACUCCUGAAGCGAAAAAAGAAGACCAAGAUAAGUCUAAAGACGCUAUGGAAGUCGAACAAUCUCAGGUAGAUGUUACGAAGAAAGAAGAUGAAUCGAAAGAAGGCGAAGAGGACGCAAAGCCAACCACUGAUCCAGAGGCUGCAGAAGCGAAAGAGAAGAAAGACAAAGUCGUAAGAGACGCUCAGCUCCAAUCUGCGGCGGCUGCAGCGUUAGCUGCCGCAGCUGUUAAAGCCAAACAUUUAGCAGCUGUAGAGGAACGUAAGAUCAAAUCAUUGGUUGCGUUAUUAGUUGAGACGCAGAUGAAGAAACUGGAGAUCAAACUGCGUCAUUUCGAGGAAUUGGAAACUACGAUGGAGCGAGAGCGUGAGGGUCUUGAGUAUCAGCGACAACAGCUUAUUACUGAGCGGCAACAAUUCCAUCUCGAGCAACUGAAGGCAGCUGAAUUCAGAGCACGUCAGCAAGCCCACCAGCGAUUGGCUCAACAACAGGAACAACAGCAACAACAGCAGCAGCAACAACAACAACCUCAACAACAUCCACCUUGGCAACCACCCGGUGCACAACAACAGCAACAGCCACCAAGUCCGCAGGCUCAGCCGCAACAACAGCCACCAUCGCACACGCCACCGCAGCAGACAUAACUCUUUCAUGGAUCUUUCGGCGGCUGUUCCGGAUUGAGGACGCGCAAGGAAGACAUCAGAUUGGAAUGAUAGUGUUGAAGAAGCUGUGUCAUGUAAGCCCGCCUAACAACACCACUUGUGCAGCAAUACAGCAAGUUUGCAAGAUCAAGAGCGAGUGAGCCGACCCGCGUCAGUUGAAAAUCGACUAGAUAAACGGCCUGCAGAAGCACAGUAUUAAAAAUCAAGUGUAACAAGUUUUGCAGUGAAAUACAUCCCACAUUCGUGCCAGCCAUUGUCGGUCUCGAAUGUGAUUUAUAGAUCGUAACGCGGGGUAAAUAUUCUUGCAUCGUAUAUCUAGCGGUAUUUUUUUGUGAAAUACAAUAGCAAUUUCACAAGUCCUAUUGUACAUUUUUUGUGAAAUAAUUAUUUGAAAUUAUUUUGCCCAGCGUUAAAUCAGCAUAAGUGGGAAAUCAAGUGAUUGAAAGAGAAUUAAGUACGAGUGUGUAAAAUGUAUAUUAUUUUUGUUUUUCAGAUUUUUCUUUACUUUCGGCUAUUAUGUAAUUUUAUUACAAUUUUUCUAAAAGUUGACAGUGCCGAAGUUAAUUUUAAUUAAAUAAAAUUAUACAUAAUGCAAGAAUCUUUGCGAUCUGCUCUACAGAUUUAGAUGUGAUCUUUUGCUAAACUGGAGUCUUUUUAAUAAGAUCGCAAAUGGAAGAAACAUUUGAAUCACACACAUAUAGACACACUCACACCAUAUAGACACAUACAUACACACAAGAAUCUUAUAAAUUUAUAUAAUAAAAGAGUGUAUGGAACAACAAAA